AUGGAGCUCGGGAUGGUGGUGGCUGCGGUGGAGAGCGGAGAGCAGGACACGGUUCUCAGGGUGCUUCAGGUCUACAACCAGGAGAAGGCUCAGUGCUUCACCUUUGAUGAUGAGGAGCGGAAAGAGAGGAAGAAACUGGCCCAGCUGCUGAUCAAGUUCCUGCACCCCUCCUGCCAGGUCGCGUUUUUGGAGAGUAUCCGCAUCCUGUCCCGGGACAAGCACUGCCUCGACCCCUUUGCCACCGAGGACGGCCUGAAGACCCUCGCCCGGCACGCUGGCGUCGAUUGCUCGGAGGAGAUCAUCCGGGAGGUCCCAGACUUGGAUGUCAUCCUGGAAUCCCUCAAGUGUCUCUGCAACGUUGUGUUCAGCAGCCCCAGGGCGCAGGAACUGACAGCUGGGACCCGGCUGGUGGUGGGCUUGGCCAGGCGCAUCAAGCUGUACAACAGGGUGGAUGUCCGGCAGCAGCUCGCCCAGGAGCUCCGGGGCAUCGCCCUGAUGACAGACACCCUGGAGCUGACCCUCGGGGUGAAGUGGAUGGACCCCUACGAGGUUGCCACCGAGGAGGGACUUCUCCCGCCUUUGCCUCGGCAGGAGACGGAGCGAGCCAUGGAGAUCCUGAAAGUGCUCUUCAACAUCACCUUCGAUUCCAGCAAGAGGGAGGUGGACGAGGAAGAUGCUGCUUUGUAUCGGCACUUGGGUGCCCUCCUGCGCCACUGCCUGAUGAUCUCUGCUGACGGGGAGGACCGGACCGAGGAGUUCCACAGCCACACGGUUAACCUCCUGGGCAACCUGCCCCUGAAGUGUCUGGAUGUCCUCCUGACCCCGAAGGUGCGGCCAGGCUCCCUGGAGUACAUGGGCGUCAACAUGGACGCGGUCAACGUCCUGUUGGAUUUCCUGGAGCGGCGCCUCGACCGGGGCCACAAGCUGAAGGAGAGUUUGACCCCGGUGCUGAACCUGCUGACGGAGAGCGCCCGAGUCCACCGCCAGACGAGGAAGUUCCUGAAGGCGAAGGUACGCUGCGCUCCACUGACUGCCCUGGCUGUGGCCCUGCCGGUGCUGCCGCCGCUGCGGGACGUGCGGAAUCGGCCGGAGGUGGGGAACUCGCUGCGGAACAAGCUGGUGCGCCUGAUGACCCACAUCGACACCGACGUGAAGCACUGCGCCGCAGAGUUCCUCUUCGUGCUCUGCAAGGAGAGCGUGUCGCGGUUUGUGAAGUACACGGGCUACGGGAACGCGGCCGGGCUGCUGGCGGCACGAGGCCUCAUGGCUGGCGGUCGGGAAGAGGGCGAGUACUCGGAAGAUGAAGACACGGACACCGAGGAGUACAAAGAGGCAAAGCCCAACAUUAACCCUGUGACGGGCCGUGUCGAGGAGAAGCUCCCCAACCCCAUGGAAGGGAUGACCGAAGAGCAGAAGGAAUACGAAGCCAUGAAGUUAGUCAACAUGUUCGACAAGUUGUCCAGGGAGCAAGUCAUCCAGCCCAUGGGCAUCACGCCGAGCGGCAACCUGGCCCCCAUGGAGAAU